AUAAUCUGAAAAGGAUACAGAUUUGUCCAAGUAUUGUUGCUUCCUCUCUCGUCUUUUUCCCCCUUUUCAUCCGCUUAGGGUUUCUAUUUUAUUCGGUUUUCUCUUCAAUUUUCUAACACAAUCGCUUCCAACAGCUUCCAUCUAUAGAACACCUCAAAUAUUUUUCUGUGAACUUGUUAACCUAAUCUCCAAUUAAAUCAACUUGUAUCUGCCUUUUUUUUGCAACUAGAACAUCUCAAUUCAUCAGAGAUUUCCCGAUUAGGCUGUAGUAUGUGGUGGAAGUGCGGCAAACCAACAGAUUCUGCAUUUUUGUGGUCUUAAGAACUCUUUAUUAUCAAAGGUUGACAAAUCAGAGGCAUUAUUUCUGUUGUCUUUUGCAUGAGGUUACUGAUGGGGACUGAACUCAUGAGAAUAUGUGUUAAAGAAGAUAAUGAUGAGUUUCCUUCAGUACCACCUGGUUUUGAGUCAUAUACAUCUUUCUCGCUGAAAAGGGUAGAAGACAAUGAGAAACAAAAUGAUAAAAAUAUUACCAGUUCUUCAGUAUCCACAAGUGCAUCUGAAUCACAUUCGACACAGGUGGUUACCAAUAUUCAUGUUAGUGAUACUGCAAAAGUUCCUAGGACGCUGAGACGCAGACCUUGGAUUAAUUAUGGACAAUAUGAGAAUAGUUAUGAGGAAGACUCUGAUUGUGAGCGGCUUGAUCAAAAUUUCUCCUCAAGACCUUGUCUUCCCCGGGGAGUUAUCCGUGGAUGUCCAGAUUGCAGUAAUUGCCAGAAGGUUGUUGCAAGAUGGCGACCAGAAGAUGCUCGUAGGCCAAAGCUUGAGGAUGCUCCUGUUUUCUACCCCACAGAAGAGGAGUUUCAAGAUACUUUAAAAUAUAUAUCGAGCAUUCGCUCCAGUGCUGAACCAUAUGGAAUUUGUCGCAUUGUUCCCCCUUCUUCUUGGAAACCCCCUUGUCCUCUCAAGGAAAAAAGUAUAUGGGAGGGUUCUAAAUUUGCUACCCGUGUUCAGAGGAUUGAUAAACUUCAGAAUCGUGAAUCAGUGAGAAAGAUUUCAAGGUUUCAAAGCAAUAUGAAAAGGAAAAGGAGAAGGGUCACAAGAAUGGGAAUGGAAAAUGGCACUGUUGGAGGACUGGACAUGGGACUUUGUGAAGCUGAAAGUUUUGGGUUUGAACCUGGUCCACAAUUUACCUUGGAAACAUUUCAGAGAUAUGCCGAUGAUUUCAAGGAUAAAUACUUCAGAGAAAAUGAGAAUGUGUCUCAUUUGGGAACCAAUACAACAAAUUUAAACAGCACCGUUGAGCCUUCUGUGGAAAACAUUGAGGGUGAAUAUUGGCGGAUGGUUGAGAGUCCUACUGAAGAAAUUGAGGUGCUUUAUGGAGCUGAUCUGGAAACAGGGGUUUUUGGGAGUGGUUUUCCUAGAAAUUCUAGUAAUGUUGGUUCCACGUCACAUGAAGAUUAUAUAAAGUCUGGCUGGAAUUUAAAUAACUUUGCGAGGUUACCUGGAUCCUUGCUCUGUUAUGAAAGCAGUGAUAUAUCUGGUGUUCUAGUGCCAUGGUUGUACAUAGGAAUGUGCUUUUCCUCCUUUUGUUGGCAUGUGGAAGACCACCAUUUGUAUUCCUUGAAUUAUAUGCAUUGGGGUGCUCCAAAAAUGUGGUAUGGUGUCCCUGGCAAAGAUGCUUGCAAAUUGGAAGAGGCCAUGAGGAAGCAUUUACCAGAACUAUUUGAAGAACAACCUGACUUGCUUCAUAAGCUGGUCACUCAGCUUUCUCCUUCCAUCCUUAAGUCUUUGGGAGUGCCAGUUUAUAGGUGUGUUCAAAACCCGGGAGAAUUUGUUCUGACAUUUCCUCGAGCCUAUCACUCUGGCUUCAAUUGUGGCUUCAACUGUGCAGAGGCUGUUAAUGUGGCUCCAGUUGACUGGCUGCCCCAUGGGCAUAUUGCUAUAGAUCUGUAUAAGGAGCAGCGGCGCAAGACUUCUAUAUCCCACGAUAAGCUAUUACUGGGGGCUGCAAGGGAAGCUGUAAGAGCCCAGUGGGAGCUUAAUUUGCUAAAAAGGAAUACUUCUGAUAACCUACGAUGGAAAGAUGUCUGUGGAAAGGAUGGUCUUCUAGCAAAUGCACUCAAGACGCGUGUUGAGAUGGAGCGAGUCAGAAGGGAUUUUCUAUGUAAUUCGUCACAAGCAUUAAAAAUGGAGAGUAACUUUGAUGCUACAAGUGAAAGGGAAUGCAACAUUUGCUUUUUUGACUUACACUUAUCUGCAGCUGGUUGUCGAUGUUCCCCUGAUAGAUAUGCUUGCUUGGAUCAUGCAAAGCAGUUUUGUUCAUGCUCUUGGGAUUCCAAAUUCUUCCUCUUUCGCUAUGAUAUCAGUGAAUUAAAUAUUCUUGUUGAGGCAUUGGAAGGAAAACUAAGUGCUGUAUACAGAUGGGCAAAAUUAGAUCUUGGGCUUGCACUGACUUCUUAUAUUUCAGCAGACAAGGAAAAAGUACUCAAGGAAUUGAGAUUUCAGUCAUCAAACUUGUCUCAUUCUCCCAAGGUCAAUGUGCAUAAAGAGGCGACUUUGCAUCAAUCAAAUGAAUUUGUUGAAGACACACAAUUAAUGGAUAUCCCAAUAGUGGAUCAAUCAAAUUCAGAAAAAGGCAAAGAUCAGAGCUUCCCUCAACAAAGGAAAUCCGUAGAAGUUGUGUCUCCUUUGAGUCAGAAGAAGGAACGCUCGACACUUGAUAAUGUACAACCUGUAAAUGAGAUGGGUAACCGUAAGACUUUUGUCAAUAAAGAAGGAUCUGCAAAUUGCAGAAUAAAGCUGAGUCGCCUUGGUUGCCAAACAUCUCAAGAAGAUUUGUCAUUUGUUCUAUGUCUUCCUGUGGCUCAGGCUGAGCAUGGAGGAGGGAAAAGUUCACUACACAGACGUAACAGUAGUAUUAUACAUCCUAGUGAAGAUAAAGUUGAUGAAAUGAAGUCAGAUACCAAUGGACGGAAGGAGCUUUCUCAAAUAGAUAAAGCAAGUUCAUGUAAUAAUAUGGAAAAUACUAAGUUGAUCAUCCGGAUGAAAGAUCCUGCCGUUAUGGGUGACAAGGAAGCUAUUGCAUUUCUCCAAGCAGAUAAGGGUUCUGAUUCAACUCAGCUUUUGCAUGUUAAACAGGAAUGCGAAGAAAACAGGGAACCAGCAAUAGCUUCUACCCUGAUAGAUCUUUCUUGUCAAGUUGGUCUUAGUGCUGCAGAAUCAAUUAGAAGUAUUCCUGAUUCUUUAACUGCAGAGGUCAGCAACCGUUUCCAGGAAAGUUCUCCGAGUUCUCUAAAUCCACAACAUUCUGUCAUCACCAAGGUUAAGAAUGAGGAUACUCAAGAAAAGCUUGGCGGGUGUAGCACUUCUAGUAUAGCAGAGAGCGUAAGAGCUGUUAAUGGAAACACAUGCAGUCUAAACAAUUACCGUCAGAAAGGUCCUCGUAUUGCAAAGGUUGUCCGGCGUAUCAACUGCAACGUUGAGCCUUUAGAAUUUGGAGUUGUGCUUUCUGGAAAGGCAUGGUGCAGCAGUCAGGCUAUAUUUCCAAAGGGAUUUAGAAGCCGUGUUAGAUACAUAAAUGUCUUAGACCCAUCAAAUAUGUGCUAUUACAUUUCAGAAAUUCUUGAUGCUGGACAUGACAGGCCUCUGUUUAUGGUUUCCUUGGAAAAUUGUCCAAGUGAGGUCUUUGUUCACAUUUCGGCUGCAAGAUGCUGGGAACUAGUAAGAGAGAGAGUGAACCAAGAGAUUGCAAAGCAACAUAAGCUGGGAAGGAAGGGUCUUCCUCCUUUACAGCCUCCCGGAAGCCUUGAUGGCUUUGAAAUGUUUGGGUUUUCUUCACCAGCCAUAGUGCAGGCUAUUGAGGCACUGGAUAGAAGUCGAGUCUGUAGUGAAUACUGGGAUUCUCGGCCAUACUCUCGGCCUCAAGGGCAGAUUUCACAACCUCGCCAAACCAAUUCAAAUGGUGGAAAUGGUCAAGGGGUUCUUGUGAAUCAGCACUUGCUCAAUGGUGGUGUUGCAGCAUUACAGAGCUUAUUUAGAAAGGCCAAUGCUGAAGAAUUGAACUCACUGUACAGCAUUUUUAGUGAUAAGCCAGAGGCUGAUCGGAACCUAAUCACGCGUCUUCUAAAUGAAGAGAUUCACAAAUCACAACCGUCUUAGGUGAUUGAAUCAUUAUUUGGGCGGAAUUGUUCAUAAGUCUAACCUGUUUUCACAUGUAAAUUGUAGCUCCUCAUCUCAGGUUGCAUGCCAUUUCCAAGCAACCUUAAUCUGUUUAGUUUUAUUUUUCCACCACCUGAAUGGAGGUUACAGAGAGAAAAAAAAGGAGAAAAAAGAAAAUAAUAUUAAUGAGAAAAAGAAAAAGGGAGAAAAAAAAAGGAAGGUUGUUUGUUUCCCUUAAAAAUUUUGCUUACUUUAUAUUGCAGCGGGAAUUGAAAAUUAUUGGAAUUUGUUUGCCUUA